AUGGCGAACAUCCAGCUUCCAAAGAACGCACACGUAUCCACCCAUCCAUGUCUCCAAGCGAAGCUCUCGCAGCUCCGGUCCGCGAAGACAGGGUCCAGAGAUGCCCAAACACUGGUGCAUGAAAUCGCCCUCAUGGUUGGAUACGAAGCGCUGGCCUCGGGCCUGAAAGCCCAGCAGCAAGGCACAGACGAAUCACCACUAGGCUACACAUACACAACAACCACCACCUCGCCCUCCCCAACCUCGAUAUCCCUCGUCCCCAUCCUCCGCUCCGGCCUCUCCAUGGUCCCAGCGCUCUCCUCGCUCCUCCCCGCACCCGUCCCCAUCCACCACCUAGGCCUCUACCGUGAAAAGUCCACCCUCCAGCCCGUAGAAUACUACAACAACCUGCCCUACCAUUUCCCCUCGUCGGCCGCAAAUAGCAAGCCGCAUCCCGAGCUGGCCAUUAUCGUCGACCCGGUCAUUGCCACGGGCGCAACGGCUUGUGCGGCGAUUGAUUCGCUGCGGGAUUGGGGUGUUAAGAGGAUCAUUGUGUGUGCGAUUCUGGCUACCGAGGACGGACUGCAUAAGGCGUGUAGUGAGUGGGAAGAGGGUGUUGAAGUGUGGGUUGGUGGGUGCGACAAGGAUGUCGAUGAGAAGGGUAUGAUUAAGCCUGGUCUAGGUGACAUUGGCGAUAGAUUGUUCCUGACGCUUGGGAAAUGA